AUGGAAAAUGCAAAAGGAAUAGAUACGCCUGGUCAUAUCAAUGAAAAGUUUGAUUCUGAAGUAAAUAACUGUGAUGUUCCAUAUAGAGAAUUAAUAGGUGCAUUAAUGUAUCUGGCCGUAGUGUUGAGGCCAGAUAUAAUGAAUAGAGUUGUGUUUUUAGCUCAGUUUACAUCAGCGUACACUAAAGCGCAUUGGAUUGCAGCAAAAAGAAUUUUGCGAUAUGUAAAACAGACAUGUAAUUUAGGUUUAACUUAUAAAAGAGGAAACUUUGAAAUAAAUGGGUACGCGGAUGCAGACUGGGGAUGCGAUGUAACAGAUAGGAAAUCCUAUACUGGAUACGUUUUUGUGAUGUGGAAUGCUGCGAUUUCGUGGAAAUCUCAGAAACAAAAGACUGUAGCGAUGUCAGCGGCAGAGGCCGAGUAUAUGGCAAUAACAGAAACUGCCAAGGAAGCUAUACAUAUUAAGAAUUUCCUUAAAGAACUUAAAUUGAAAGUAGAUAUUAAGAUGUUUAAUGAUAAUCAAAGUGCAAAUCUGCUUACGCGAGAUGCGGUAUUUCAUGCGAGAUCCAAACAUAUCGAUCUAAGGUAUCAUUUUGUAAGAGAUGUAAUUAAAAAUAAUGAGUUUGGUUUAGAGUACCUACCAGCAGAAAAAACGGUAGCGGAUGUCUUAACCAAACCGUUGUGUAAGCCAAAGCAUAUAUUUUGUUGUAAAGGAAUGGGUUUAAAGGAACUUGAAU